AUGAAGUUCCCCCAACUCAGUCUCGGCCUCCUGGCUGCCCUGACAACAUCAACCGCAGCCACGGAGCCCCCCUCAGCACCGCAAUCCUACUGCCCGCCCCGCCCAGCCACGCCGGCGAAGCAGCGCGCCAUCCUGGAAGAGCUCACGCAAACCCUCCUCAUCGAGAAAAACUUCGGCGACGGCGUCCCCAGGUUCUUCGCCGAGGACUACAUCCAGCACGAGCCGUCCGCCCUGUCCGGUCGCGGGAACGCCCUGAACGCCCUGCUUUCGCUGCCUGCGGCCGUAAAGUACGUCCCGGUUCACAAGGGCGUGGACAAUGAUCACGCGUGGGUCUUCGAGCGGAUGGAGGUGCCCGGGGCGGAGACGAUGGCCGUCGCGGAGUUCUUUCGGUUCAAUGGGACUUGCAUUCAGGAGCACUGGAACGUUUACAUGACGAAGCCACCGAACUCGACGAACCCGCUUCCUUUGUGGUAG